AUGCAACUCCGGGGAACUGUGGGCGCUCUGGUCGCUGCUGGUGUCGCCUCAAGCGCCUACUACUGGUAUCGUGGCCACCAGCCGCCUGGUGUCUCGACCACCGCAGACCAGAUACGCAGCAUUACUUCAGACGUUGCAGCCGAGACAACGCGGAGGGCAUUGGUGGUCGACCAGGUCGGAUCACUAUAUACAGGAACCAUCAGCGGGGACGCUCCACUAUCCAAGGACACAGACGAUCUCGGAAGAAAGGUUAUCGAGAUGCUCACACCAGAGCAGGCAACCGCGAAGCUAAGGAAGACCGAGGAGUCAUGGAUAGUUGGAAGGGGUCAGGGCGUUGUUCGCUAUGAUGUCGUACAAAUUCCAAGCAACGACCCCAUAGAGGACGAUCACGCAGAGAAAAUUAUUGAGGUGCCACAGAAUCUUGCGGCAACCGACAGUGGCGCUUCGUCGACCGACUGGAUGUUCUGGGGUGUCUUUGAUGGUCACAGCGGCUGGGUAACAUCGGCAAAACUUCGCCAGACGCUCAUCUCUUUCGUUGCACGUGAGCUCAACACCACCUACAAAUCCGCCAUUCAAGACCCUGCGAACCACUUCCCGACCCCGGAAGCCAUCGACAAGGCUAUCAAGACUGGCUUCGUGCGCCUAGACGACGAGAUUGUGCACGAGUCCGUCAAGAAACUCCAGAAGGCUCAAUCCAAGGUUGCUGCUGCGGAGCUUUUGGCGCCUGCCCUGUCUGGAUCUUGCGCUUUGCUUUCGUUCUACGACAGCAGGUCAAAGCUCCUCAGGGUAGCAUGCACCGGUGAUUCUCGUGCUGUGCUGGGACGCCGUGGCCCCAACGGUAAAUGGACUGCCACGCCACUGUCAGAGGAUCAGACGGGUGGCACUGUCAGCGAGGCUGAGAGAUUACGCGCAGAACACCCUGGUGAGCCCAAUGUGGUCAGAAAUGGCCGUAUCUUGGGUGGUCUUGAGCCGUCUCGUGCUUUUGGCGAUGCUUCCUAUAAGUGGUCACUUCAAACAACCCAAGAGCUGAAAAAGUCAUACUUCGCUCGCAGUCCAUCGCCUCUUUUGAAAACCCCUCCUUAUGUUACCGCCGAACCCAUCAUCACGACCACCAAGGUAGAGCCCGACAAGGGUGACUUCGUUGUCAUGGCUACCGACGGGCUGUGGGAAAUGCUGACCAACGAAGAAGUUGUCGGACUUGUCGGACAGUGGUUGGAUGCCCAAGGUGGAGCCAAUGGCAGCCAAAAUGCCCAGACUCAAUCAUGGCUGAAGAGCUGGAUGGGAGGACAGAAGACUCUACCCGUAGAGGACAAGAACUCCUCGAAACAGGAGGGGCAACGAGCACCGAUUCGACAGCAGCAGUGGGGCACGAAGACGUCCCUUAAUGAGCGAUUCGUUGUCGAAGACAAGAAUGCGGCUACGCACCUUGUCCGAAAUGCGCUUGGUGGAAAAGAUCAGGACCAGCUUUCGGCUCUAUUGACUCUUCCCAGCCCUUUCUCCAGGCGAUACAGGGAUGACUUGACCGUGGAAGUUAUUUUCUUCGGUGACAGCCCCGCGAACGGCAACGUCACUCUGAACAAGGAAGCAAGCGCUCCCGAGCCUGAAGUCAAGGCCAAGCUAUAG